AGGUCCACCAGCGGAGUGGUCGAAUCCCUGGCCGCCUCCAGCUCGGUGCUGAACAUUGUCCCGUCCACGAAGCGCUCGGGAGCGAUGUAGCAAGUCCUCCUCCUGGAAGUGUCGAAGAAGUAGUUGAAGUCGGCCGGGUUAUCCUCGGGCAGUUUUUAGCCUGAAUUUUACACUCUGUCAGCAUGAUAUUUGCGCUCAUUUCAGAGACAAUUGGAGGAUACAAUGUUUCUGGAUUCUGUCUGUGGUAAUGAGAAGUCUUCUCAUAUGAUAUACAAUGGAACUCUAUUGGUAUAUAGUCCCAUGUGGUAUAGUUGGUAUGGUGGUCAGGAUGAUAACUCUGUUGGUGAACCUUCUGGGUCACUACCUCCUGCACCUUCUUACAGUCAAUUAGAGGUACCACCUCCAUAUGAAGCAGUGUCAAGAGGUCAGUCAGAUGAUUUGAAACCUCCACCAUAUACAGAGUAUGCAGCCAGUAGUAUUGAAGAAGCCCGUGCCCUUUCUAUCCCAGAAGGGUAUGACGCUUGCAGCUUGAGUGAUGCUCCUCCUCCAUACACUCCUAGCCCAUCAGCUGAUGCCGAACAGCAGGAUAAUUUGGCACAACCUAAUGCUCAGGAGACGGGCAGUACCACUACAAUAGGCUCACCAUGUCAAGUCUGAAAAAAAAAUCCACUUUCUGGGACUGCUGUGGAAAGAUAUUUUGUUUUCUUCAGAAAAAUCCGAAGCAUCUGAAUUGUCUCUUUUUUGGUUUUGUAAAGAUUUGAUUUUUUUUUUGUACAGUUUAAAAGACAUUUACAGUGAUGCACUACAUAAGAUUGCAUUGUUCACUGUUUGCUGCUAUCAGCGCUACCUUCUCUCUUUGCAAACAUUAUUCGCACUUUCCAAGGAAGACCCUGAGGAAAAGGAUCAUACCUGGUUUUAAAAGAUUGUAUAUUUGCCAGUGACUACAAUAUGCGUACCACAGUGCUGGGAGGGUCGGGGUUGCUGAGGCUAGGGAAUUGGGUUGGGUGGAAUAAGAGCAGUACUCAACCAUGAGACCAGAUGCUGCCAACCAGGGAGACUGAGACUGCACACUCUAAACCUUAAGUGAUGUCUCAUGACCUCAUAGUUACAGAUAAACAAGAGGUAAGCAUUAUCUGAUGGGCACUAGGACCAUCUUGUGUUCCUGUGUUAUCAAAGCUUCUUCAAGGUCAUUCCUUGCAUUCUAUACUUUGUGAUGUUUUGCCAAGACUGCAUCUUUGCCUCAAAGAAAACCAGCUUCCUUCUGACAACAUGAAGGGACACCUUCAAUUUUAGACGAAUGCACAAAAGUGUAGACUUUAAAGAAGACCUUUUUGUCCUACGAAUAGUUGCUAAUUUGCUGCAAAAAAUGUAUUUUUUAUAGUAGUGUAAUUUUUUUAAAUCUCAGUGAAUCAACUGUAUUCCAAGUUCCCUUUCUCAGAGUACCAAAACUUUCAGCUUAAAUAUUAACAUAAAAUGAUCCCGUUGUCUCAAUAUUUACACAGAAAGAACUAAAUCUCUUUGUUUCAGACUUCUAAAACAAAAGAAAUAUUUGCUGUACGAAUAAUGUUGUGAAUUGAGACCUGUUUGUCUGAAUUAUGAGAGUGGACUUUAUUACUAACGGUAAUUCUAACGGUAUGCCUAUAUGCUCUUAGUGUUCUGAAACACUUGAAUAUUUUCCCACUUUUUGUUACAAGUCUGUAUUUUGGUAAGACUUUAAAAUGAUGAUGUACACUCAUCCCAAAUACAUGGAAUGCCAGGAUUGAAUCUAGAUUAUUUGCACGGACAUAUAUCCUGUGGUUUUAGUUUAAGUGAGUUGAACUUUAUUUUUCAGUUCUUCAGACUUUUAUUUGUACUGAUAUGUUUUCUCCCAUGCAUAAACCAAUCUCCAAGGCGCAUUUGAAAGUUUAUAUAUUUUUUAAGAGGUUAUUUAAUUAAAUAGAUAGGUAGCUUUGUUAAUCAUGUUUUUUGUGGAUGGUUUUUCAAGAAUCUCUCAAAUGUAACUUCUACCUGAACAACCUUACUCUAAGAAUUUUAUGUUCUGGGAAGGUUCAUAGUUUCCUUAAAUUUUAUAUUUUACAGUUGGUUAAAAUUAAAAUAGAAUUUGACAGUUUAUUAGACCUGUAUAAAUGUUCAGACCAACUUUGUGGACUUGCUAAAUUAUGUAGAUUCUUAACCAACAAAUACAAUUUUGGUGAUUCUGUUUAAACUUGUUUUUGUUCCUCUGUUUUGUUUUCAUUGAUUUUUUUUUGGUACAAUUGUUCUUGAACAGUGUGCACAACAUGGAAACAUUUUUACAAUUUUCCUGUAAAGUGAUAAGGAAAAUGUCUCAUAAAAUGUUUUUAUCUCAAAUCACCAGCCUGCAAUUAAACAGAAAGAUAGAAGUAAACAAUUGGAGCUCAAUAAGAAAGUGACGUGCAGUUUUAAUAUGUGUCUCUUAGAGUCUGACUCAUACUUUUAAUUUCCAAGAGCCAAUCACUUGCCAGAAUAUCUGGCACAUGACCCUUUUCAUAGCUGUGGUUGUUAGUAAUUUUCUUUCAAAUUGGGCUCAAGUCAUUGAUAAACCUAUGCCCAGGAAAAAUAGUUCAAGAAUUAUUUUAGCUUAUUUUCCACUGUAUUCAUUUGCAAGUUUUCAGUUUGUUCAGUUCGUAGUUGCUUGGGGUGUAAGGGAGAAAAGGGUUUGCUCUGUGAUUGACAGUGACAAGUGACAGUCCCAGUGAUCUAUAAUGAGCCUUCACUCUUUCGCCAAUUUUAGUUUUAAUAAGACAUAAAAGGAAUAUAGAGUUUAGGAUUUGAAUUUGAAUUUGGAAGAUAACCCAAAAGAAGUGCAUUUGUUAGAGCCCUGCUAUUUCAGAAUAAAAUUAGGAAGCAGCCUCACAGAGCAGUAGAAGUAUGCACCUCACUCUCCCAAAAGGCUGUGGAUUGUUGAUGAAUUGAACUGUUCAAGAUUGAGUUGUUUUUGUUAUAGAUAUGAAGAUACACAGAUGAAAGUUGGGUAAAUGGAGUGGAUCAGCUAUAAUCUCAUGAAAUAUCAAAUUAGAUAUGAGGAACUGAGUGGCCUGCUCCUGUACUUAUAUUCAGCUGUUCGCAACUACAAAUUACUGCAAUUAAACUUGCAAUUUUUCUUUCGCUUGAAUUAGCUAGUAGAUUACUAAUCUAUUUAGGUUUUUAGAUAUUCACUUACUGUUUGAAUGUUGUCAUUGAUGUCCUACUAAUUCUGAUGACAUAAGCUAAGGCCAAAACUUGAAGUGUCUGUCAAAAACGUCUGAGAGUUGUAAUGAUCACUAAUGACUCUCCUAAGUCAUUGUGUAAGUGAAAUGCUUGGGAGUUAUCCUGGACAAGAUCAUAUUUCAUGCUGCUGAUGAGAACUGAGAUGUUUUCAUAGAAUCCCUACAAUAUGGAAAUAGACCAUUCAGCCCAUCAAGUGCACACCAACUCUCCAAAGAGCAUCCCACCCAGAUCCACUCCCUAACCUCUCCUUGUAUUCCUUAUAGCUGAUCCAGCUAGCUUGCACAUCUUUGACACUAGAUGUGCUUCCCACCUUCCUCUAAAGUGAGAUUGCUGAAGUCAUUUUAACUUAAAGGUACAUUUAAUUUGACAUUGGCAGUUUAUUUUUAAAGAAGCAAAUUAGUGGGAGAUUUUGUAUUUCAAAUUGCUGGCUUUCUCAGAAUAAAAUGCUGAUUUGCAAAGUGCUUUCAAACAGUCAGCUGCACAGUGUUUGACAGUAAUGAAAUGUGAUUACCACACAAAAAUACACACGUCCUGUUUUGUAUUAUUACUGGUAAAAUACCCCUGGAGCUGUUUAUAAUACUUUACAAGGGCAGGAACAUGCUACAAAGUUAAUUGCUGUUCUAUAAACACUGGGCUCCUAGGUCAAUGAAAAGACUGCAGGCACCCCAACUCCAUUUUGUUCAAGUGUUUCUUAGUUUCUCUAAACUUCUGAAUGUGACAAUGAAAUGUAGCAGGAAAUGUAUGCUUUUUAUAAUGUUUAUAAAUUAUUUUUAGUUGUUCAAGAAGAGUAGAUAUUAAAAAUAUACACAUAAAAUGGGAUUAGUGUUGGAAGUUUUCUGAAAAAACUCCACAGUGACACCUGUUGACCAGAGUAUGCAACCACUUUGCUGCCAACCUUUGAUGUGUUUUCAUAAAUUGUUCACAAGAUUUGGAGAUGUCGGUGGUGGACUGGGGUGUACAAAGUUAAAAAUCGCAUAACACCAGGUUAUAGUGUGGCACUAGCUUUCAGAGCGCUGCAUCUUCAUCAGGUGAUUGUAGCUGAUGAAGGAGCGGCGCUCCAAAAGCUAGUGCUUCCAAUUAAACCUGUUGGACUAUAAUCUGGUCUUGUGUGAUUUUUAACUUUGUUCACAAGAAUAUUUGUGACAACAGGAAAUGUGCAUACACCUGUGAUUAAUGUAUAGAUAAAUUACAUAUGUGUACAAAUGGAUAAA